UGGACCUGUUGCGGAACGGAGGCAAAUCUUUGAGGUUCUGUACAAGGAAUGGAAAUCUUCUCGUAUGGGGCUCCCCUUGCCUACCUAUAUAAAGACAUCCGUUCUGCCUUUGAUCAUCGAUAACAAUGGCCUCUUUGUGCUUGCCACGCCCAAGACGACAUCUACAAACAUUCUUUUUUCUUCGGAAAUCUCGUAACCGUAGAGCCUCAAGAUGAAGACCUCCGCAGCGCUCCUCUUCCUCGUCUCGCUCGCCUCGGCGGCGCCGAUGACACCAUCCCCGGCCGCUGAAGCCGCCGCGGUCCUCGAGGGCCGGCAGAUCCAGACGCUGUGCGACCAGUACGGCUACUGGUCGGGCAACGGCUACUACGUCAACAACAACAUGUGGGGCAAGGACUCUGGCAGCGGAUCGCAGUGCACCUACAUCGACAGCAGCUCUGCGAACCACGUCAGCUGGCGCAGCACGUGGCAGUGGUCGGGCGGCCAGAACAACGUCAAGAGCUACCCCUACUCGGGCCGAACCAUCCAGAGGGGCCGCACCAUCGCCAGCAUAAACUCCAUGCCCAGCGUGGUGCAGUGGAACUACAACAACGGGAACAUCCGCGCCAACGUCGCCUACGACCUCUUCACCAGCACCGACCCGAACCGUGACAACACCCACGGCGACUACGAGCUCAUGGUCUGGCUCGGCCGGUACGGCGAUGUCCAGCCCAUCGGCAGCCAGAUCGGCAACGCCAACGUCGGCGGCCGCAACUGGCAGCUGUGGAGCGGUCUCAACAACGGCAUGCGCGUCUACAGCUUCGUCACCACCCAGGGCGCCAUCACCUAUUUCAACGCCGACAUCAAGCAGUUCUUCACCUACCUGCAGCAGAGCCAAGGAUUCCCGGCCAGCCAGCAAUACCUUACUACCUUCCAAUUCGGCACCGAGCCAUUCACGGGCGGCCAGACCACCUUCCAGGUCAACUCGUUCGGAGCCAACGUCCAGUAAGGUUUGGCUGUUGUAGUACAAGGAAAGAUGGAGCAUUUUGCGUUCUUAAUGUCCUGCAGGGUACCUUGAGCAGCUAUAAUUCAGCCCGAUGUGUUCGGGGCCGGUAUCAUGGCUGAUUGUCUGCUUGAACUCAAGUAUCGAGACCGAGGCAGGCAUUUGAUGGUCUGGCACCUGUUCUUCGAUUACCAUAGCGUUAUGCAUGUAUGCCAAUUCAAUACGGCUUUUUUGAUGAUAAACCAGGACAUGAAAAGAGGUAUCCCAGAGCAUUUUGUCAGCAAAGUCGUAGUCAAUCAACCGAUUUCGCUCCGUACAUAACCAGAUACUACCACGUUCGUCU